AUGCCGCUGACGGUGCCCGAAGCCCCCGCCGACCUGCUGGCACUCUUUCAGGCGGCGUUAGCAGAUGGCCGCCUUUUCAAGCUUUCCUGGUGGAAAGACUCGAUUCCCUCGUCCUUGCCGUUGCUGCACAUGGCCAUGGGUGGUCAGCUAUCCGGCGAGGCACUUUACAUCUGCCGCUUUCUGCUCAGCAUUGCGAUGCCCCUGCUUCUUUCUUCGAUGCGGUUGUGGACGCGCGUCUACUCUGUGUUCCUACUCUUACUCCUGAUGUACACAAUGAACUCGCCGACCUGGAGGUAUCCCCACUGUGGAUUCCUUGCGCUGGCCUAUCUCGUGGUUGCUAUGUGGAAGCUGCCGAACGCAGCUGCCGCUCCAAAGCAGAAGGUGCGGUGA